CCCACAUCCAUCCUCCACCCUCUCGCAGCCGCGUCACUCCUUCUCAGCAGCUGCCUGGCGCUCAUCUCCGCGCACUUACAUGUCCUUCAACGAUCUCGAGCGCGGCACCGGCGGCGCCGGCAAUGGCGCACACGGCUCGCCCUCGCGCGGCGGCGCAGCCGGUGGCCUGACGGGCUCCGUGGGGCGAGCCGGCGCCGCACCUCGCCAUUCGGGCUCCUUCACGCCGCUGCCGCUCUACCGUGCACCGCCAUCAUCCAACGCCGCAUCGAACAGCACACACGCCGCCAUCGACGUCGAGGCUGCCGGUGCAGCUGGCAGUGCGCCCAGCGAGGUGGAGCUCGAGUUUGAGCGCCUCGCCAAGCGCAUGGGCAUCCAGAUCUUCAAGCUCAACUCCAACGUCGCGGGCAUUGAGAAGCUGGUGGAGCUGUCGAGCAAGAGCGGAGGCACGGGUGCUGGCAAGGACCGCGACUGGACCAAGUCUGUGGCCGACCUCACCUCGACGACACAAUCGCUCUCGAGCUCGCUGCUCUCGGACAUGAAGCAGCUGGGCGCGCUGCGCUGCUCGGGCCAGGCGCAAAAGAUCGCGCUCAACAAGCUGCGCUCGGACCUCGAGGCGGCACUCAAGGGCUUCAAGCAGGCGCAGCUGCGCGGCGCAGAGGCUGGACGUAAGGCUGUGGAGGGCGAGCGGAGAAAGCAGGAGGGCAACCGGAAAGCCCUCGAGACGACGCCUCUCAUCAACGUCGCCGACCCCUCAGCUGCACCAGACUCUUCUGCGCAGUCACAGGAAGAGGCAGGCGAGCAACAAGAGCAGGCUCAGGCGCAGGCGGUCGCGCAGGUCGGGCCAUCGCAGGCCGAGGUGGAGUUCCAGGAGGCGCUUAUCUCCGAGCGCGAGGCCGAGAUCCGCGAGAUCGAGAGCGGCAUCCAUGAGCUCAACGAGAUCUUCCGCGAUCUGGGCACGAUCGUGCAGGAGCAGGGCGGCAUGAUUGACAACAUCGAGUACAACGUGCAGACCAUCGCCACGCAUACCGGCGCCGCCGACCGGGAACUCGUGAGCGCUCACGAGUACCAGCGCAAGGCCGGCAAGCGUGCUGCAUGUCUGCUCGCCGUGGUCGGCUUCGUCGUCGCGAUCGUGCUCAUCGCGGCUCUGAGCUGAUGCCGGGCAGUGCGCUACACACUACCCAUCCAGCUAUCCGUCUCCAUACCUGUUCCAUCGCCCUGCCUCUCCGUGUUACCAGAGUCCUGCCUCCUCCUGCGCGCCCUCGUCGUGCCUAUACCGCUGCUAGGCGUCAAGCCGAGUUUCAUUGUCAUUGCGUGACCGAGUGAGAGGCAA